GUGAGAAGGAGGGAUUUUUGAGAUAAAGAGAUGGCGAAUCAGGUGGUGAAAGUGAAGAGAGAGACGAUUGCAGCAUGCAUGACAUGUCCUCUCUGCAAUAAGUUACUGAGAGAUGCUACCACCAUAUCUGAAUGUCUUCAUACGUUCUGCAGAAAGUGCAUAUGUCAGAAGAUAUCAGACGAGGGAGUAGAUUACUGUCCCAUAUGCAAGAUUGAUCUUGGGCGUGUUCCAUCGGAAAAACUAAGGCCAGACCACAAUUUGCAAGAUGUAAGGGCCAAGAUUUUCCCAUUCAAAAGAAGAAAGGUGGAGGCAUCUGAAGUCACACCCACAGCUAUAUUACCAGUUAGAAGGAAGGAAAGAUCACUUUCAUCAUUGGUGGUCAGCACUCCCAAAGUAUCAACACAGACUACUACUACAGGAAGAAGAACAAAACCUGUUCCAAGAAAGGCUACUGCUUUACGAGGUUCCAGUUUUCCUAUUGAGAAACGCAUUAAAAAAGAGGAAGAUGCCAUGGAAGGCUGUCUAGAGAACUCAAGUUCUCCUGAAACCAUAAAUAAGUUCAAUCAGAAUCUAAGGCAGAAUUCUUCCUCUGCCGAGGCCAACCAACCUGCUCCCAAUAAUGAAACAGAUAAUGGUGCUGAAUCAUGGGAUGGGAAAUCAGAUCUCUGGCAACCAUUGAAUUGUUUGGUGGAAGUUGCAAAUAGGACCAAGUCUUUCAAACCUAAUUCACAAGUUUCUGAUACUAAAUUCGAAUCUACUCAUUAUCCUGACAAUGAAACUCAUGUGUGUAAAACCAAAUUUAAGGAAAACAAAGACAAAACAAAAGUAGAUGAUGAAAAGAAUAACACUGAUACUGUGCGUUCAGAGUCAACAGGACCCAAAAGAUUGCGCAGGAUUCGCCGAAAAAAAGCUUCUAAUUUUGGAUAUCUGGGAAUAUCAUCCCAAGCUGUGCUGGAUGCUACCACUGCAAAGCAUGAGAGAAGAGCUGGUCCAGUUUGGUUUUCACUAGUAGCUUCUGAGGACCAGGAGGGAGAUGCACCCUUGCCACAAAUUCCAGCAAAUUACUUGAGGAUAAAGGAUGGAAAUUUACCUGUUUCUCUUAUCCAGAAGUACCUGAUGAAGAAAUUUGACCUUGUUAGUGAAGCUGAGGUUGAGAUCAAAUGUAUGGGACAACCAGUUGUCCCCACAUUACUGCUGUACAAUUUAGUUGAUCUCUGGAUACAGACAGCAUCAACGUCAGAACGAGUAUCAGCAUCCAUCGGUUCCUCUGCAAAGGAUUUUGUGAUGGUGCUAGCCUAUGCUCGCAAGGUCCCAGACCCAGAAUAAUGCUUGUUUUCCAUAUUUCUACCCUUCAUAUCCUCGCUAAUGAUGUGCUUUGAGCCUCAUUGAUGAUGAAACGGUGGAUUUACCUGGAUAGUAUAUUAUAAACAAGCAUUCCAUAGUUCCUCUACAGCAUUUGCAGCAAGCACUUUGCAGACUAUACUCCGCUGCAGGAUUGCAGCAGAUAGAAAGGGGAGGGAUGCUUGCAAUCAUCUUUGGAUGAACCGUGCAAGUGCUUGGAGACAAUAUUAUGCGAAAUACUUGAGUUUGUAACUAACAUGGUUUUCUCGGCUGCUAUAUAACCUUACACGCGACUUAGAUGCCAAGAAGCGUAGCUUUUACGGCAAGUAUUGAGAAACUACGUUAGAUGUACUCUUCCCAUGAAAUUUCUUGCAUGAUCCAGCUUGAAUUUUGGUC